UGAUUGCUCAAGUCUCGUCGUCGCGUGCGCGCGGAUCAGCUGUUGUUUUUGCUCCGUAUGUGUCGGCGAUGCGCCAACAGGUAUCGAUUGUGAGCUUUUCUCCGCGUACCGAUAUUGUGGCUCAUCCUGUCGUCGAUUUUCGAUCGACACGAACGGGCGAUUCUUUAUUCAUGGUCAAGUUGUCCAACUGAUAAUUGCAAGCGUAGAGCGCGUAUAACUUUCAAAUUGCGCGCUAAUUAACGACAGAAGAAUAAAGAUUUUGUGCAAUUUUUUGCCGACAAACCGUGUAAAGUUUUAUCAUCGUUUCUCGUUAUCAGUUUAUGCAGUGACCACAACUUCCGAAGGCAGCACUUUUCACUUGUAAAUUUGCCCGAAUGGCUUCUUUUCCGGUGUGGUGAGAUAAAAUGACGGGCUUUAGCGAAAAGCCAAUCCUUAUUGAUGGCCGUGGCCAUCUACUUGGUCGUUUGGCAGCUAUCAUUGCCAAGACUAUUUUGCAAGGAAACAAAGUUGUUGUUGUAAGAUGUGAGCAACUAAAUAUUUCUGGAAAUUUCUUCAGGAAUAAGCUGAAGUUUAUGUCAUUUCUCCGUAAGAGGUGCAAUGUCAACCCAGCACGUGGUCCAUUCCACUUCCGUGCUCCAAGCAAGAUUUUAUGGAAAACAGUGCGUGGUAUGAUCCCACACAAGACACAGAGAGGUAAGGAUGCUCUGAGGAGACUAAAGACAUAUGAAGGUUGCCCUCCACCAUUCGAUAGGAGAAAACGUGUUGUUGUUCCUGGAGCAAUGAGAAUUAUGUGCCUGAAACCAGGCAGGAAGUAUUGUCAUGUUGGCCGUCUUUCACAUGAAGUUGGAUGGAAAUACAAGUCCGUCGUUCGUACUCUUGAGAACAAGAGGCGUGUUAAGUCCAUCAUGGAAGUCCAGAAGAGGAACAAGCUUAAGAAACUUACCAAGCAGGCUGGUGAAGCAGUUAAGAACCAGACGGCGCCGUACACGGCCAUUAUCAACUCUUUUGGAUACAAUUAAGACCUUUGUUAUAAAGACAAUAAAAAACCUUAAAAUAAAUUAUAAGUCCAAAUUUUUUUUUCAUAAAUUAUU